AUGGAAGUGACUGUCAAAUCUGAGUCCCUAGAAAUAGUGGAAGAAGCUCAAAGAAAGGCAACUUAUGAGGUCAGCAUAUCUCUCAGCUACUUCUUGAAUUACCUCAAAGAAAUGCAGCAAUCAGACACACAGCUCUUGCUACUUUCCAUUGCAGCUGGUGCAGGAUAUCAAGUUAUAAAUAGUACUUUUCAGUAUCUCCUGGGGUGUGAUGAAUUAAACUUCCUAUUGGAUGAAAUGCAAACUGCCCUAAACAAAUAUCAUGAGCUCAAAAAUAUUUGUGACUACAGAGCUCAGGCAUUCCUGGUGCUCACAGGUCUGACAGCCACAGUUGGAAUCACAGCUAUUUCUCCAAAAGAGAAAAUACAACGUAUGGCAUUAAUGAGACAGCACAUGGAACAAUCAUUGUCUAAAGAAGUUGUACAUGUCCUUACCAAACCUGGAGCAGAUCAUGACUGGGAAAAUCUAGAGAAAGACUUGAAAUCACUCAUAGAUGGAGAUUAUGAAGCCACCAUCUCUUCUUUGCAAAUGGACAAGGUCAGAAAACAAUUGCAAAGUCUCUUCCAUGGAAAGAAGCAGACCCAUAAACACGAUGCUGAUGAAGAUAACAAAUGGGAAGUGACAGAAAAUGGAGCUUUCCUAGACUUACUCCAGCGUCUAGGUCUAGAACAAUUACCAAAAAGAAUGACCAGAGCUAACUUUCAUCUGAUCUAUAAGACCUCUGUGUACAACAACCAGCAAUCUGAACAAGAGCUUCCCUUCUAUUUCCUGCAGAAGCUACUGAUGCUGGAUUAUGGGCUGAGACACCUGGUCUUCAAAGAUAAUGGAAACUCUGAACACCAAGUUUAUCAAAGUGUUUCAAAUGAGAAAUAUGAGGAUUUUGAUCCAUAUGAGACUUACUUGAAGACAGUGAACGUUUCACUAUCUGCAGCCACUAAGUCCAGACCCCACAUUCACCCAAUGGAUAUUCAGAUGGCAAUUUUUCACUGUGCAGAUGAUCUUGCCAGACAAUAUAUUUUGGCCACUUCCAUUUGUCAAUUUGCCCUCCCCCUGUUGGUGCCUAAUCCCUGCACAUCUCAAAUUGAAUUCUCUCUCUGGUCUCUUAGUCAAAUAAGGAAAAGUUGGCAUCAUACAAAGAAAUCACCACAAGGGAAGAAGAACAUCUACAAAAACCAGCAGAUGUGUCAGGUCUCUACCCCCAUUGUGUCCUUUAUUAGAGUUGGAAAUGGCCUCUCUGCUUCCAAAUCUCAGAUCAUGAACUGUCUUCUCAGUAUACGUAAACAUGAUGUGUUUUUUCAUCGACACUGCAGAGGAAGCAGCAAAGACUGCCUCUUGAUGGAAGGCGUGGUAGAAAUCUGCUGGUUCUGUCCUGGGGGGGAAGAGGAGGACAGAUUUGACAAUUGUGUGACCUUCACCAAUCUUCAUGGAGAUGCAAAGGAACAUAGGAGGCAACUCACCUUCUUGCAGGAUGCCUCAUCUCUCAUUGUGGUCCUCAUGUCAGCUUCUGAUGACAAUAAAGAAAACCAAAAAAUUGUCCGUGACCUAUGCCAGUCGCCAAGACCUUUGAUCUUCUUGCUUGAUGACAAAGAAAAAACUAUGGCCAAUAAUUCUGGUAGAAGAGUGAGAAUUGGUAUCAGGAACAGAAAUGAGGCGGAGUUAACAGAGGAGCUAACAAUGACAAUAAAAUGUUUGCUAGAGCUCUCUGAUACUGCUCUCACCUUAGAGGACUGUUCCCAGAUUGCUCACAAACAAGGAUUCCUUAUUGAUGAAGACCAGAAAGAUUGCAAGGAAGCCAAAGAAAAGGCACAGACUAUCAUGGCCCUCUUGGGAGAAACAAAAUUAUCUCAGAUAAAGGAAACCUUACUACCUCUUCAGGGACAACUCUGGCAUCUUUGGUGUAAGAAGGACAAAGAAUUCUAUCAUCUAAGAGAAAAAGGAAAUCGCAUUGAACAACACAAGAGUGAAAUUGAGACAGAUAAACGAAUAAUACGGCUGCAACAGUUGGAAAAAGCCUUUCCUCUCAAUGAUUUAAUGCGAUCUGUCCUUGAAAUUCUCCAAGAACAUUCAGAAACCCACACCAAACUCUACUUCUUUACAGUGGUUGAGUGUGUUUUGGACAAUCUGACUGCAGGACACUUGGAAAAACUACGUGAGCUUCAAAGAUCUUUGUGGUCACAGGUACAAACAGAAAAGCAAAAGGCACAAAACAGCAACUCCCUGAAACUCUGGCAAAAUCAGAUAGAAGCCAUCUCCACAGAGAUUCAUGAUUGUACCUUGGGAAUUGAGCAACUUCUCAGAGAAGUUGGCCAGAUCUAUGAAGCUCUGGAAGAAACUUCUUCCACAAGAGAUAAUGUUUUUCUCUCCCUUCCCCAAAUUGCUGCAGAUCUGAUGAUAUCUGGCGUUCCCAUUGAGCUGAUGGACGGGGAUGCUUCAUACGUCCCUCUAAAGUGGGUGGCAGCUGUAUUUGACAAGAUCUCUGAGAAACUCGGAGACAAACGGCUCUUUGUUCUCUCUAUCCUUGGCCUGCAGAGCUCAGGGAAGUCCACCCUGUUAAAUGCCCUUUUUGGGCUGCAGUUCACAGUUAGUGCAGGUAGGUGUACUAGGGGGGCCUACAUGCAGCUCCUAAAGGUGGAGGAGUCAUUCACAGAGGAACUUGGCUUUGGACUUUCUGCUGGUUGUAGACACAGAAGACUUCGGGCCCCAGAAAUCAACAACAUCCAGAAUUGGGACAAUGAACUGGCCACCUUUGUCAUUGGGCUUGGAAAUUUGACUCUGAUCAAUAUUUUUGGAGAGAAUCCAUCAGAGAUGCAAGACAUACUACAAAUAGCUGUCCAAGCCUUUCUAAGGAUGAAACAAGUAAAAAUCUUCCCAAGUUGUCUCUUUGUCCAUCAGAAUGUUGGGGAAGUUACAGCCAAAGACCAAACUAUGGAAGGACAAAGGUGCCUAGAGCAGAAACUAGAUGAAAUGGCAGUAACAGCUGCUGAACAAGAAGAGUGCUCAAAUGUAACUCACUUCAGUGAUGUCAUUAAGUUUGAUGUCAAUACUCACAUCUACUACUUUGCUCACCUCUGGGAUGGCAAUCCCCCAAUGGCCCCUCAUCCUCGCUAUAGCCACAAUGUGCAGGAAUUGAAAAAAGUUCUUCUGACUGCGGAACAGGAAUCCAGGGGAAGCAUCAUAAAAAUAUCAGAUGUAAAAUUCAGAGUUCAAGAUUUGUGGAGAGCCCUGGUAAAUGAGAACUUUAUUUUCAGUUUCAGGAAUACCCGCGAGGUCAUGGCCAUGAGCAAACUGGAAACCAUGUACAACCACUGGACCUGGGAGUUGCGGAGUCACAUGUUAGACUUGCAGAACCAGCUGAUCAACCAGAUUCAGAAUGGAAAGAUUCAGACACUCGAAACAAGCAUAGUUGAGGCUUCAGUUACAGAAAAAUACACAGCAAUCAAACAAGAACUUGAAAAAUAUUUUAAUGAAGACCCAGAUAAUGAAAUACUGGUUCAAUGGAAAGCAAAUUUUGAAAAUAAGCUAGUAAUACUUAAAGAGGCACUUAUUUCAGAUAGUAAAAGAAAAGCCAAAGAACUUAUUCAUUUUAAGAAAAAUCAAGAAAGACUGGAUAAGAAAAAGACAGGUUAUGAAAAUGAAUUACUAGAAAGGAGCCGAAAGUUAGCUUUAACUGUAAAGGGUAAAGAACUGAGUGAGGAAGAGUUACAUGAGAAAUUCAGCCAACUUUGGAAAAAGUGGGUCUAUGACGUAUCCUCAGAUCUCCCUCAAAUCAUAGAACCUGAUAUUGACGUGGACUCUGAAAGCAUCCUUUGGGAGUUUUUCAAAAAGGAGAUAAACAUGGUGGACAUACUAAAGAGAAAAUCUGGAGAAAAGUUUCAAAUUAAUUAUGAUGAACAUGUCAAAAUGAGUAAGAAAUAUAACUUCAUGACAAGGACAUUAAAGGCCUGCGAUAGAGAGUCCAUUAAUAUGACAACUGACCGCAUUAUUUCAAGAUUCAAUGAAACUAUUAACAAUAUGCGUAGGCAACAAUGUGAUUACAAUACAAGUUAUUUCCAUGAAAUCCUGAGAAUAAUAGAUGAGGAAGUGAAAUCUGCACCCACUGAAGAAAGAUACACGUUUACAAGCAAGUACAACAUUGAGUUAUCUUUGUGUUUAUUCCAAAGAGCAUGUAAGAGUUUUAAGGAGAUGCACAGGGCAUUUAAGAGAGCAAAUGAUCCUGUAAACUAUCUGGAAAGCAAGAAAGAUGAUUUCUUCAUGAGUUUUAAGAUCUCUUGCCAAGGAGCCACCUCCAUCAAAACAUUUGUUGAUUUUCUGUGGCACAAGCUCACCCCUGCUGUCUCUGCUACCAUAUGGGGAAAAAUGGUCAUUAAAAUUGCUGGGGACAUGCGAGCUACCUGCCCUGCAUUCAAUGGAAACAGGGCUAACCUGGAAAAACACAUUCUCAUCUCUCUGGCAGAAGAAGAAAACUUUGAUAACUAUUGGCAAUAUCUUCAUUAUACAAAAUCUUUUUUUAGCAGUUACAUUGAAAACCAUAUUAAAAGAUACUGUUCAAAUGAAGGAGGUGAAAAAGUAAAGACUUUUUUAAAAAUAAGUUUAGAUGACAUCAGGAAUGCCAUCCUUUCUGCCAUUCGUGAGUCCACGGCAGUAGCUAAAGAUAAAAGCAGCACUGCAUCUGGGUGGUUGGAUUUGUUCUGUGAUCAUCUGGGGAGCAACUUGAUCUUUCCACGAAGAGGACUGAUAAGCAUUGAACACCAAGAGAUAAAUGAUAUUGAGUUUCUCAAAGAAGCCAUGAGUGCAGCUUUGGAUCCUGCAAUGAAGAAAGUGGAAGAGAAUUGUUCAAGUAUGCCUACAGAUGAAAUGGUUCCAGAAAUUGAGAAAAUCCUUUCUGAACAUCUCUGUGGAUGCUGGAAACAAUGUCCCUUAUGUAAUGCGAUUUGUACCAACACAAUUCCUACUCAUGAAGGGGACCACAAUGUUCCAUUUCACCGUCCUCAGGCUGUCAAUGGAUGGCAUAAACAUAGAACAGACCACUUCGUCAUUGAUUGCUGUACUAGUUCAGUCGCAAGUGAUCGUUUCAUGCUUUUGGGAAAUGACCGGAAAAUCCCAUAUAAGAACUAUCGGCAGGCAGGAGGUGAUUAUGCCACAUGGAGCAUCACUCCAGAUUCAUCCACCCAGCCAUACUGGAAAUGGUUUGUCUCACACUUCAGAUCAAAGCUAGAAGAAAAAUAUCAGAAAAAAUUUACAGACACAGAAAUUCCUGAUGCAUGGGCCAAAAUUACAAAGCAGGAUGUGCUUGAUGACUUGAAAAAACAAUGA